AUGCCAUCAAUUGACAACGACGAUUGGUCGGAUUCGGACGAUGAGGUGCUCUCCGAGGUCGAGACGUCCGUCCUACUCGGCGUACCAGAUGGACCCAUUGACAAUACCGCGUCGUCCGAGCUGCUCGACGCUGCGGUAUCCCGCAUAGGCGGCAAACCUGCCUUCCUGUCGCCCGAUAUCCCCUUCACGAGCAGCUCGUGUAAGAACUGCAAUCAUCCAAUGGAGCUACUGGUUCAAAUGUGGUGUCCUUUUGAGGACAGCGCCUACGAUCGCGCGUUAUACGUCUGGGGAUGUGCGCGCGGCGCAUGCCAACGUCGUGAAGGCGCCGUACGCGCAUGGCGUGGGCUACGCUUGAAUGAAGAAUACGCGGCCAAGCUUGCAAGAAAGAAGAAAGCUCGAACACCGGCUCCUGCACCACCACUUGAACCCAAAAGCAAGACGAACCCCUUUGCUAUGGGAGGAGCUGCAGCGGCGUCGAGCCCAUUUGGUGGUGGGCUAGGCGCGCAACUCUUCGGUGACGCACCAGAAGAGUCUGUGCCAGCAUCUGCGCCCGUCGACGCUACGCCUAAUGAGCUGGUCGAAGACGACGGAGCCGCAUCAGACGCUGAGUCUACAUCAUCCGCGUCUUCACUCGUCGUAGCGCUAGCUUCCACAACGCUCGACGACUCUCCCUGGACAGACGCGCCUGCAUACGCACCGCAAUACCUAUCGACAAUGUCUGAAUACAUUACGCCACCGAAGGAGAAGAAAGCUGCCAAAGCAAAUGAAGACGCGCUCGCUGAUGAACAAGACGCCAAGGGUACAUGGACGGCGGAAAAAUACGAGAACUCGCUUGACACAGAUCGCGUCUUCGAUAGGUUCAAUGCCCGAGUCGCCGCUGAGGCGGAGCAAUGUGUCCGAUACGAACUCGGUGGGACCCCGCUGCCGUUCGCGACCGACGACGUAUUCAAGAAGCUUUUCCCUGCGUCGGGGCAGAAGACUGGAGUGGUCCAAGUCACCGGCGCCGCAUUCGCCGCCGGCGUAGAUGACGAGCGACGAAGCUAUGACUUGGCCUCUGUUCCCGCCUGCUCCUCGUGUGGUGGUCGACGCGUGUUCGAGUGUCAGCUAAUGCCCAAUUUGAUAAAUAUUGUGAGGGACAAGACGGGGGCUGGCGCUGAGCAGGAGAAGGAACAGACAGAAGAAGAGCGUCGGCGUGCAGUAGAGAAAUUGCUCAAGGGCGGUGCUGAGGACGUGCGAGGAAUGGAAUGGGGAACUGCUAUGGUCUUCUCAUGCGAAAAGGACUGCUGUAAGGAGAAGACUGGGUGGACGGAGGAGGUUGUGCUGGUCCAAUGGGAUAACUAG